AUGUUUGUUCAAUGUCGAAUAAUAGAGUGUUGGAAGAGAAAGCUGUUGGCCCCUAGAGGCAGAGUGCAACCCAUUCGCGUCAACAGAGAGUCCUUCAGGGAGUCCUUCUCGUUGAUGGCCAUGAUCUCAAUCCACCACGGAUCCUACGCGAGGAUGAAGGACCAUACUGAGGGUGACACCAACAACAGCAUCACCUUCUGCUCAUUCAUCAUCAAUGCCAUGGAGGCUGACUACAUCCGACCCAAUACCUACAUCGUGCUCGACAAUGCCAGUAUCCACACACAGAGGGACCGCCUCCCUCUCAUCCAGGAGAUGCUUGAUUUGAUCAAUGUCAAGUUGGUGUUCUUGCCAACCUAUAGCCCUGAGCUCAACAUCAUCGAACUGUUGUUCGCGAUGAUGAAGAGAGAGUGCCGAGAUAAGAACAGAACUGCAUCCUUCCUCGACACAAUCAAAAACGCGUUCAACAAGUAUUCUAGCGAUCCUACUACAAUACUCAACUGGUGUCACAAGUGCUACAAUAGAUAA